AUGAGCACGAGAGGCGGCAGCGUCCGCGAGCUGACGGCCCUCCUCUCCGCGCUGCGCCGCGCGCGCCUCGAACACCCUGCUCACGCUGCGCAGCUCCACGCCUGCCUCCUCGUCUCUGUUGGCGCGCGCCCUCACCCGCACCUGGUCCUCCUCACGCAGCUCGUCUCCCUCUACGCCGCCGCGGGCCGCCUCGCCGACGCGCUCCGCGCCUUCUGCGCCCACCUACCCAGCGCCAACCUCCACACCUACGCCGUCCUCGUCUCCGCCCUCGCGCGGCCGCGCCCGGACCUCGCAUUCUCCCUCUUCUCGGGCUCGCGCCGUCAGUUCCGCCCCAACCCCCAUGUCAUCUCCACCGUGCUAUCCGCGUACGCUGGCCUCCAGCCUCUCUGCGAGCGCGGCUUCAUGUGUUGA